GUUGUUGGAAGGCGGGGGUUCCGCGUCCCAUUAGGCUCCGCGCCUCUGAGCUUGGCCGCUCGCCCUUCCUCCAGCGCCAGGAAAGCGUUGCCGACUUCUGGGCUGCAGCCCUGCAAGGAGGUGUAUCCAGGCGGCUCGAGAACGACCCCGGGCAGCCUAGCGUCACCUUCGUCACCCACCCUGCGCCAUGUCCCGGAUGUUCAAGAGAGAUCCUGUUCGGAAGUACUUGCAGACUGUCCAGAAUGGCGGAGUCCAUGGAAAUUUUCCACGCCUCUCAUAUCCAACUUCCUUUCCCCGUUUUGAGUUCCAAGAUAUUAUUCCUCCAGAUGACUUCCUAACUAGUGAUGAAGAGUUAGAUUCAGUUUUAUUUGGAACUUUGAGAAGCCAUGUAGUUGGACUACGUUAUUACACUGGAGUAGUUAAUAAUAAUGAAAUGGUUGCAUUACAACGAGAACCCAAUAAUCCCUAUGAUAAGAAUGCAAUUAAAGUAAACAAUGUGAAUGGAAAUCAGGUUGGCCAUUUAAAGAAAGAACUUGCAGCUGCUUUGGCCUAUAUUAUGGACAACAAAUUGGCACAAGUUGAAGGGGUAGUCCCUUUCGGUGCAAACAAUGCUUUUACCAUGCCUCUGCAUAUGACUCUUUGGGGAAAAGAAGAAAAUAGAAAAGCGGUUUUAGAUCAGUUGAAAAAACAUGGAUUUAAAUUGGAUCCUGCACCAAAAACUUUUGGAUUCAGUUUGGAAAGUGGUUGGGGCUCUGGAAGAGCUGGGCCAAGCUAUAGUAUGCCAGUUCAUGCUGCAGUACAGCUGACAACUGAACAGCUUAAGACAGAAUUUGACAAAUUGUUUGAAGAUCUAAAAGAAGAUGAUAAAACUCAUGAAAUGGAACCAGCUGAGGCUAUUGAAACACCAUUGCUCCCACAUCAAAAACAAGCUCUAGCUUGGAUGAUUUCCCGGGAAAACAGUAAAGAACUUCCACCAUUCUGGGAACAGCGAAGUGACUUAUACUAUAACACAAUAACAAAUUUUUCUGAGAAGGAUCGACCGGAAAAUGUUCAUGGAGGAAUUUUAGCUGAUGAUAUGGGUUUGGGCAAAACUCUUACAACCAUUGCAGUAAUUCUUACCAACUUCCAUGAUGGUAAACCUCUUCCUGUUGAAAGAAUUAAAAAAAGUCAACCGAAGAAGGAAUGUAAUAUUAACAAUGGAUCUCUGAAACUUGGAAGAAACAAUACCAGUGAAAAGACAGAUGAACUAACCAAAGGAUCUAGGUGUAGCGGAGAAUCCAGUAAGAUUAAAUAUCCCAAGUCAGAAUUGUCUAGUUCCUGCUCCAAAAGAAGAAAAACUGCUGUCCAGUAUGCUGAGAGCAGCGAUUCAGAGGAAGUUGAAACUGGUAAAAUGCAACAGAAAAUGAAAGGCAAACUGGGAACUACACAAUCAGAAAGUAAAAGCAGAAUUAAAGCAGGAUCUUCUAAGGUUAAAGAAGAUACAGAGUUUGCAUGUGCACUUACUUCAUCUAUUCCUGCAACAAAAAAGAAAAUGUUGAAAAAGGGAGCAUCUGCAGUGGAGGGCUCAAAGAAAACUGAUGUAGAGAGACCAAGAACAACACUGAUCAUCUGUCCACUUUCUGUGUUAAGCAACUGGAUUGACCAGUUUGGACAACAUAUAAAAUCAGAUGUGCAUUUGAAUUUUUAUGUUUAUUAUGGUCCUGAUCGUAUUAGAGACCCGGCUUUGCUUUCAAAACAGGAUAUUGUUUUGACUACUUACAAUAUUUUAACUCACGACUAUGGAAUGAAAGGUGAUAGUCCAUUACAUAGCAUAAGGUGGCUAAGAGUGAUCCUGGAUGAAGGACAUGCCAUACGAAAUCCAAAUGCUCAGCAGACUAAAGCUGUACUUUAUUUAGAAGCAGACAGAAAAUGGGUAUUGACAGGUACUCCAAUUCAGAAUUCUUUAAAGGACUUGUGGUCUCUUCUUUCCUUUUUAAAACUAAAACCAUUCCUUGAUAGAGAGUGGUGGCAUAGAACAAUUCAGCGACCUGUCACAAUGGGAGAUGAAGGAGGACUUAGGCGUUUACAGUCCCUAAUUAAAAAUAUUACACUUAGAAGAACAAAGACAAGCAAAAUUAAAGGAAAACCUGUUUUGGAGUUACCAGAACGUAAAGUAUUUAUUCAGCAUAUUACACUUUCAGAUGAAGAGAGAAAGAUUUAUCAGUCUGUGAAAAAUGAAGGCAGAGAUACUAUUGGAAGGUAUUUUAAUGAAGGGACUGUCCUUGCUCACUAUGCAGAUGUCCUGGGUCUUCUGCUCAGAUUGCGGCAGAUCUGUUGUCAUGCUCACCUUCUUACCAAUACCGUGUCUUCUAGUGUUCCCUCAGCCUUUUCUCUAGGAAAUGAUACACCUGAAGAACUACAAAAGAAGUUAAUAAGAAAGAUGAAGUUAAUUCUGAGCUCAGGUUCCGAUGAAGAAUGUGCAAUCUGCUUGGAUUCAUUAACAGUUCCUGUCAUAACACAUUGUGCACACGUCUUCUGUAAACCCUGUAUUUGCCAACUCAUCCAGAAUGAGCAGCCACAUGCUAAAUGUCCUUUAUGCAGAAAUGAUAUACAUGGAGACAAUUUAUUAGAGUGUCCUCCAGAAGAACUGGCAUGUGAUACUGAGAAAAAAUCUAACAUGGAAUGGACAUCCAGCUCGAAGAUCAAUGCCCUAAUGCACGCAUUGAUUGACUUAAGAAAGAAGAACCCCACCAUAAAGAGUUUAGUUGUUUCUCAGUUUACAACGUUUCUGACUUUAAUAGAAACACCACUUAGAACCUCUGGAUUUGUGUUUACUCGUUUGGAUGGUUCAAUGGCCCAAAAGAAAAGAGUUGAAUCAAUUCAGUGUUUUCAAAACACUGAGGCAGGAUCUCCAACUGUAAUGCUCCUAUCCUUAAAAGCAGGUGGAGUUGGUUUGAAUCUUUCUGCAGCUUCUCGAGUGUUUUUAAUGGACCCAGCCUGGAAUCCAGCUGCAGAAGAUCAGUGCUUUGAUAGAUGCCAUAGACUUGGACAGAAGCAAGAAGUCAUAAUCACAAAAUUUAUUGUGAAGGACUCUGUUGAAGAAAAUAUGCUGAAAAUACAAAACACAAAGAGAGAACUGGCAGCUGGAGCCUUUGGAACAAAAAAAACAAAUGCCAGUGAAGUGAAACAAGCUAAAGUUAAUGAAAUCAAAACUUUAAUUGAUUUAUAAUUUGUGGGAUUUUGGUAAGAUUUGUUUGAUCAGAUAUAUAGUUGUUUUAGAAAUGAGAAAAAUACAGUUUUAGAAAUGAGACCUCGUGAAUAUAUCUUCUAAAAGGGGCAUAUUGUGGGGUUUUUUUGUUUGUUUUUUAUCAGUGAAGUAGUAUUACUGAUACAUAAUCUCUUCUGUAUAUGAACCUAUUUUUAAUGCUAUUGAAAAUAGCAAUAAGUUCCAUUAUAUAUUGUGGCCUGAAUUUUUUUUUUUUUUU